CGAGGUGUCGUAAUCUAGCAUGCAGAGGCUUUUUUUAAAUUAUUAUUUAACGUCAGAUCAAGUUUGACCAACGCUGGCCUGCUGCGACGGGUCCAAUCAGAGUUCAGAUCGGCUUCAUCUUCCCCCACCAUCCCUCCCUCUCCGUCUCUUUCUCUGCCUCUCUUUCUUAGUUGCAAAAAAAUCUUGUGCAGCUGGGCUGCACCUCAAUGAAUGAAUUGGUGUACUGUGAGCCACCAUCAUCUACCCUCUGGAUUUCAAAUAACUCCCGGCGUCCAUCCCGAACAUAUGAAUCUGCUUAGACGGAGCCUUUUAAGGAGUUGAACAGAUCAGGUCGGAGAAAAUGGCACAACGCGUAGCUUUCUUUUUGCUGUGGCUCUUUGACCAGUCCUUGGCCGGAUUUCCGAAUCAGAUUAACAUCGGGGGACUGUUCAUGCGAUCCACGGUGCAGGAGCACAGCGCGUUCAGAUUUGCUGUCCAACUCUACAACACCAAUCAAAACACCACAGAGAAACCUUUCCACCUCAACUACAACGUCGACAAUCUCGAGUCGUCCAACAGCUUCUCUGUCACCCAUGCAUUUUGCUCCCAGUUCUCCCGUGGGGUGUACGCCAUCUUCGGAUUCUACGACAAGAAGUCCAUGAACACCUUGACCUCGUUCUGCGGCGCUCUGCACACCUCCUUUGUCACGCCCAGUUACCCCACCGAUAACGAGGUGCAGUUUGUCAUCCAGAUGCGGCCGGCCCUCCGGGGCGCCGUGCUCAGCCUGCUCUCCCACUACAAGUGGCAGAAGUUUGUUUACCUCUAUGACACUGAUCGAGGUAAGUCGAUGAGUCUGGAGCCGGGGCUUCCAUGGAGUGAAUUACAGCGGGGAACCAUGUUGUAG